AUGCCUAAAGACAACGCCAAAAUUGAGAUUCAAAUUGCCAAGGAAAUUGAUAGUCUAUCACAUCAAUCUAAGCCUAAUAUCUCUAAAACUGCGCGUGAAUUCAACGUACCUUACAAUCGGCUUCGGAAUCGCUGGGCAGGUGGACAAUCCCUAUUUAUGGAAGCAGUUUCGGCGGACGGUUUUAUGAUGCUACGAUGGUUUGAGGCUAUUCAAACUCAAGAAUACCUCGCUGUAUCCGAUUCUGGAUAUAUGACCGAUGUUUUAGCAUUCCAAUGGAUUCAAAAAUUCUAUGAAUGGACGUUUCGUCGAACUCAAGGUGUUAAGUGA